AUGGAUGACGAUGAUGAUUAUUACGUGACCGGUGACGGCAGCGAGGAGGAAGAUGAUUACUACGGGUCCGAUCAUGACGGGGAGCCGCUCGACGGGCUCGAGGACGACGAUUCCGAUGUCCCGUGUGCCCGCUCAAGGGCUCCUUCUUCCAAGAUAAUCACAAGAGAGUCUCUGUUGGCUGCUCAGAGGAAAGAUUUACGGAGGGUAAUGGAGUUGCUAUCGGUGAGGGAACACCAUGCACGAACCCUUCUUAUCCAUUACAGGUGGGACGUUGAGAAACUGAUUGCACUUUAUGUCGAGAAAGGGAAGUCCUGCAUGUUUUCCAAAGCUGGUGUGACUAUAACUGAACUUUUCGAUUUUGAUCUACCAGAAGCUUCCUCCACAGUAAUGUGUAACAUCUGCAUGGAUGACGUGCCCUCGGAAGAUUUGACCAAAAUGGACUGUGGCCACUUUUUUUGCGACACUUGCUGGACAGAACAUUUCAUCGUGAAGAUAAACGAGGGCCAGAGCAAGAGGAUAACAUGUAUGUCCCACAAAUGCAACUCCAUAUGUGAUGAAGCCAUAAUCCGCAAGCUAGUCGGCGUGAAGCGCUCCGAUUUAGCAGAGAAGUUUGAAAGGUUCCUUCUCGAGUCAUACAUCGAGGACAACCGAAUGGUCAAGUGGUGCCCGAGCGUGCCGCACUGUGGGAAUGCGAUACGUGUGGAGAAUGGCGAAUUGUGUGAGUUGGAGUGCUCGUGCGGCCUCCAGUUCUGUUUCAGUUGCCGGUCGGUGGCCCACUCUCCCUGCUCGUGCAGGAUGUGGGAGCUCUGGAUGAAUAAGCGCCGUGAUGAGUCUGAGACGGUGAAUUGGAUGAUGGCGCAUACGAAGCUUUGUCCCAUGUGUUUGAAGCCAGUCGAGAAGAAUGGCGGUUGCAACCUGGUUAGCUGCAUAUGUGGGCAAGCAUUUUGUUGGCUUUGUGGUGGAGCCACCGGUCACCACCAUACGUGGUCGCAAAUCACGAAUCACAGCUGUGGCCGCUAUAAAGAAGACAGCGUGAAGAAAGCUGCGCAAGCAAAACGGGAUCUUUACAGGUACAUGCACUAUUACAACCGUUACAGGGCUCAUAUAGACUCCUCCGAGCAAGAAUUCAAGCUGCGGGAGAAGAUAAAAGUAAAAGUUUCGCGGCUCGAGGCUAGGGACUCGAAUUUGAGGGAUUUCAGCUGGGUAUCAAACGGGCCCUACAGGCUCUUCAUGUCGAGACGUACCCUUUCAUAUUCGUAUCCUUUCGCAUUCUGCAUGUUUGGGGAUGAUUUGCUUAAUGGCGAGAUGACGAAUGUGGAGUGUGAUAUAAAGCAGAACUUGUUUGAGGAUCAGCAGCAGCAGCUCGAGUCCAACGUUGAGAAGCUGUCCAAAUUUCUUGAGGAGAAUUUUGACGAGUAUUCGCUCGAACAAGUCAUGCGGAUAAGGAUGCAAAUGCAAGUUAUUCAUCUGACUGUGGUCAUUGAUGACCUCUGCAAAAAAUUGUAUGAAUAUAUCGAGAACGACUUAUUGGGAUCACUUCAAUUUACGAUGCACAAUAUAGCUCCGUACAAUUCAAAAGGGAUUCAAAAGGCUGAGGAACUGAUUGUUGAACCAGUCGAUGAAUCAGACAUGAAGAAUGAAUGUCAAACGGCUGCUGUUCGGUCAACGGAUCAGAGUUCUGUAAAUUGGAAUAAUUUUCUAAACGGAAAGCUGUAG